AUGUGGCGCCGCCUCCAAACCCUAGCCCCCUCGCUCCGCCGCGCCGCCGCAUCGUCGUCCCCGGCCUCCGCCCGCGCCGCGCCCCUCUCCACGGCGCCGGCGGCCGCGUUCCGGCGCACGUCGCCCCUCCUCUCCUCUCCCGGCGACAAGCCGGCGCUCACCAAGGUCGAGGAUGUCAUGCCGAUCGCCACGGGGCUGGAGCGCGAGGAGCUCGAGGCGGAGCUCCAGGGAAAGAAGAGGUUCGACAUGGAUCCUCCCGUCGGUCCCUUCGGUACUAAGGAGGAACCAGCUGUGAUUGAAUCCUACUAUAACAAGAGAAUAGUUGGCUGUCCUGGUGGCGAAGGAGAGGAUGAACACGAUGUUGUCUGGUUUUGGUUGCAAAAGGAUAAACCGCAUGAGUGCCCAGUCUGCUCACAGUACUUUGUGCUCAAGGUCAUUGGUGAUGGGGGUGAUCCAGAUGGCCACGAUGAUGAUGAGGAUGAUCAUCACUGA